CGCGAGAGACAGGAGCGUAAGCUUGUCCGCGAUCGUUUGUCCGCGUUCGACAGCUCUUUCGAAUAGCGUGCGUGCGAUCGGUAGACGGUAGAAUCAGGAAAAUAGUCGUAUCCGUCUAACCAAAGUUCCAAAAGGGAAAUUCGGAAAGUUGGCGGUGAGGUAUCGGCAUAGAGACUGCGAGGGACUGCUCGGUUAAUCCGGGCUCGUGUGUGGGCACACAAUAGCCGAUCGGGCAUACUGGUGGUGACACGACUGCGGACUUUCCUUAGACAAGAACGAGAACAUACGAAGCUCGCGAAGUGCAUGGUGCCUGUGUGCGUGUCACCGGGAAACGGUUCAGAGCCGCUACGGCGGCGCUCCCCGAAUCGUAACCACAGAAUCGAGUCCGCCGCGGUGGUGAGGCAGGCCUAUCGCGGUCUGUCUAUCGGGCCACGAGAGAUUGAACAGUACGAUCGGGAUCGCACGCGGCGGGGCCGUUUGUAAUGGAGGUGGUUUCCGAGUGUGUUCCCGUGCAAGAGAACAGGUCACGGCGAUGCACGCCGUAUUGACUGAGACGCGACAUUUAUCUUUGACUAUUCCUCCCGGCCGGCCGGGUGAGAACGGAGCCAGGUCGAAAUUGGUAUGGAAUCGUCCAGGGCCUUCGACACGACGAACACUCGCUCCCGUCUCUGAUAACUACUAGCCGCAUAGAAACAGAUAGAAGCAGAAGAAGAAGGAAAAAAAGGGGGAAAGAGAUAGCUGUGCGUGCGUUUCGCGCGUGUUACUCCUUCGUUGUGCCCUUUUAUUCAUACCGUAUUCGUAUUAAGUGUAAACAGUUUUCUUGAAAUCUGCUUCGAGGUUAGGAUAGCAUGGGGAUUGAUCCCCUGAAGGCAUCGACCGACGAACCGUGACACCUGCGACUCGCCGCGUAUACGGUGUGUCUCUCCUGUCUGUGCGUGCGUGCGUGCGUGCGUGUGGUGUUGUGUGCGUGUAUAUCCUCCCCAGGAAGCCGCUGGAGUAUUUAUUUCCAUCGGCGGUUGUCCAAGGGAAGACGAGAAAAGAAAAUAUGUCAAGAAUGGGGAUCGAUCCCCGAUACAACAACGUACAGCGUUGCGACCACUGAAAUCGACCGGGUUUAUUGUUCGACGUGUCGGGGGUAUAGUUUUUGACCGUUGAAACGAGCGUGUUUCACCUCGGCAGUUAAACGAACUGUUGCGGAUACUUCGGCCACCACGGAGGACACUAUAUAGCAAAAUGCAGAAAAGAGACGGUAGAGAUACGCGCGAGAAGGAGCUCGCGCGUAACUCCGAACGCGACCAGGAAGCCGCCAAGAGGACCUCCCGUGGCAGCGGUAACAAUGCUGCCAGAUCCUCCAAUGUGCAUUCCUCGAGGCAUAGUGUCACGUCGUCGUCCAACCCAGUGCAGAUGGUCGGUCCCAACUUCCGUGUCGGCAAGAAGAUCGGUUGUGGCAACUUUGGGGAACUCCGACUCGGGAAAAAUGUCUACAACAACCAGCAUGUAGCAAUUAAAAUGGAACUGAUGAGGUCGAAGGCACCACAGCUUCAUUUAGAAUAUAGGUUUUACAAAUGUUUAGGUACACAUGAGGGUAUACCGGAAGUGUAUUACUUCGGCCCGUGCGGGAAGUACAACGCGAUGGUGAUGGAGCUUCUCGGACCAAGUCUGGAGGACCUUUUCGACCUCUGCGGAAGGAGGUUUACCCUGAAGACGGUUCUGAACAUCGCCACACAACUUCUCCAUAGGAUAGAAUACGUGCACAGUCGACAUUUGAUCUACCGCGACAUCAAGCCGGAAAACUUCCUGAUAGGACGAUGCACAAACAAACGAGAGGUUAUACACAUCAUCGACUUCGGACUGGCUAAAGAAUACGUAUGCCAGGAGACGAACAAGCAUAUACCUUAUCGAGAACACAAAAGCCUGACGGGCACGGCGCGUUAUAUGAGCAUCAACACGCACCUGGGAAAAGAGCAGAGCAGAAGAGACGAUCUGGAAGCGUUGGGGCACAUGUUCAUGUACUUCCUGCGCGGCAGCCUGCCGUGGCAAGGUCUGAAGGCGAACACGCUGAAGGAACGAUAUCAAAAGAUCGGCGACACGAAGCGGAACACGCCGAUCGACGUUCUAUGCGACGGGCAUCCCGAGGAAAUGGCCACGUAUCUGCGAUACGUACGCAAACUGGACUUCUUCGAGAUGCCCGACUACGAAUACAUGCGGAAGCUGUUCAGCGAUCUAGCCGAGAAGCGCGGUUUCGUCAACGACGACGAGUUCGACUGGACCGGGAAGACGAUGCCAGAAAACUUCGAACAACUUAAAGCUCUGAGGAUGGCUCCUCCCUCUCACAUUGGGAAGACCAAGUCCGACGAGACAACGCCCGUCGGAUCGUUGCAAACGGGACAAGAGGUUAUCGUAUCGCCGAAUCGUGAUCGGCAUCCCUACAAGGAUGUGACAGGUGCAGGGGUGGGCGGAGAGGGCGGUAAGGGGGUGGGCACCAUGUGGCCAGAUACUAUGAAGCAAUCAGGAGCCGGUGGUACAUUGACACCUGCUGAUAGGCACGGUUCAGUACAGGUGGUGUCCUCGACGAAUGGGGAAUUAGCGAACGAUGAUCCCACUGCAGGACAUUCGAAUACUCCAAUUACAGCACCUCAGGAAAUGGACAUGGUCGACGAAACCAAUGUUUGCUUUAUUUACAGAUGCUGUUGCUUCUUCAAACGGAAGAAGAAGAAAAGUGGAAGGCAAAAGUGACUGUUCUCGUCGUUCUCAAGGUGGCACUACAGUGCGUGUGUAACAGUGAGGAUGAAGUUUGGAAGGAACGUGUCGCCGCGGCAGUGCGAAUCGGUAAACACGACGGGACCACCACGGGCAGAGAAGCUGCGGCCGAUCCGGGAAGGAAGGCCGCCGUUACCUUGCCACGUGCCGGAAGUCGGACCGCUUCUUGAGAUUCGGUGCUGCACACCAUCGUCACGAUGACACGCCCGUAGCCGUCGCCACCGUUAUCAAAUUAAACCACCACACAGCCAUCAUUAUUACUGCUACUAUUAUUACUAUUAUUAUCAUUAUUAUUGUCACGAUUAACUUUUUUUCUCUUCUUCCUUUCCUUCUUACGAUUAUUAUUAUUAUUACUAUCACGAUUAUUGUAUUAUUAUUUUAUUAUUAUCGUCUAUGAUUAUCAUUGUCAUAUCUCGUCUACGAUCAUCGUUUAUGGAUCAACGUCGUUGUUAACGAUAACACUUGUAAACUCGUCACCGUUGACUGAGGACCGUUCGGGGCCGUCGUCGUCGGUCCCGGCAUACGUUCAGUACUGGCGAACGUCCAGUGUCCACUACCAACAUAACCGUAAGAAGUAAGGAAUUGACGUGCCGAUGGUGAAAGAACGCGUUUGUGCCUACGACACUAUUAAUCAUGUACCGCCGGCUGGCAAUCUUUGAACAACACGCUGAUUACUGCGAAAUGUGUUACGAUACGUAUAUUAAAUCGUAAAUGAAUUGAAGCUGAGAUCUCAUUUCACUCUUUAAAGUCCCGGACAACGAGCGCGUACCGUGUGUACUCCUGCUUGUGUCGAGUUUCAACGACGCUCGUGUAGUCUGAUCGUGAUUGGAACAAAAAGGCAUGAAACUGAAAGCAAGCGCUCGAUAAAGUAACAAAAUUUACGAAUCGUGAUCGACGUAUCGUUUCGCGAACCUUGAAUUUUCUUUUUACCCGUGUUAGAUCUUGCCGCCUAUUUUUGAAGUACGGAACCAAUUAUAUGGUAAAAGGAGUCGGCAAAUUAUGUUUUAACGUAGCCAAACGAAAAUAUUAAACUUCACAGGUAAUAUCGAGGAUAGUGUCUGAUUGUGGAGGAUGUGCUGAACUUGAGUUCAUUCAACUCUGUCAAGAAUUCCUAGGAAAGCUGAAGGUAUAGUAAAAAAUAUAAAAUCUUUUGUUUUGCAACUGUUUCGAUCUUGCUAUCAUGGUAGUUCGCCGACUCCUGGAUCGAUGAGUUCGUUAAACGUCGGAUGGAUUUUACUUCAUUUAAUUUCAUCAUCUUGUAGAGUACGCGAAGCAAUCGUAUAACAGUAUUAACGCUAUCGAUAAGUAGCCGCGAAGAUCGUGCUGGAUCGUGCUCGUCAUAAUCUUAGUUGGUUAAACUUUAUUUCACGCAACCAUUUUUUACGCCUACACUGCCGGUCGUUGCUCUAUGCAAGUGCACGAUUUAUACUCGAAGUCACCACGCUGUAUAUAAUGUAUCGAAAAACGUUUCGCUACGGAGGCUUACCGUAUACUUCUUUCAUCGGGCGCGCAAGCUUCGUAUCGUCGAAAUUGACAGUCACAAACUAACAAAAAAAAGAAAAAAAAAAGAAAAAAAAAAUGAAAAAAAAUGAAAGAAAAAUAAAGGAAAACGAUUCCAAACAGACCAGUUUCGGUUUCAUGCCUUCCGCGAGAUGAUCGCGUGGAAAGCGUAAUAGGUCGCAGAAUUCAAGCUACACUUUACAUAACAUAUCGAAAGAGAAUUAAUAAAAAAAAAAAAAACACGUAAUGAAUUUUCGACCGUAGAUGCUAAUCGUCUACCGUGAAAAUUUCGUAGUACGAUGUAGAUGUCGAUACAACUGAUCCGUGUUCUAUCAAGGAUUCGAGGGUGUGAAUCGAUUUUCUCGGGUUUAAAUUGUCGUUUAAGAGCGAACCCGCUAGUUUCGAACAAAUUUUCUUUUUAUUCGUGGAACACGUUUGUUAACGAACACAAUUGACUAAGAGUGUAACGAAUAGAGAACCAAAGUAUGCCUGUAAUUGAUUAUACAUCAAUGUAGCACUGAUUUUAAAGCAAUGAGAAACUAAGAAACAGAAUUUCCUUCGAACGAAAACGCCAGACAGACGUAAAUAGUAUUGGAUUUGAGUCGAAAAAAAAAAAAAAGAAAAGAAAAAUAUGUAAAAAUGAACGUGAUACCGAAUGCAGUCCUGUGAACUUACUUGGGAGGCGUGGAGAACUUCGUCGAGGACUUGUUUAAUACGUUAUUUCCAGAAAGUUAUAAA